AUGCCGUGUCCCACGCUCCUGCUGCUGGUCCUGCUCCAUGGGGUCUUUGCCUCGCCCAGUAGGCCUCCUGUAUCCCCUUUCCGAGCUGCGCCCAGGCCGUGGCUGCGCCGACCCCUUUUCAGACUAGAACUGUCUGAUGCGGAGGAUACCUUCCAGUGCCGAGUGGGGCCGCUCGAGGUCCCGGCGGACAGCCGCGUGUUUGUGCAGGCAGCCCUGGCCCGUCCCUCCCAGCGCUGGGGCCUGGCUCUGCACAGCUGCUGGGUGACACCGUCCUCGAGGCCGGCCCCGGGGCCCGCCUUGGCACUGCUGCACGGCGGCUGUCCUGCCGAUUCUUCUGUCACUUUCCUGCCGUCUCGACCCUGGGCUGCCCACUUCAGCUUCCGUCUGCGCCUGGUCUUCAAUGCCUCUGUACAGUUCUUACAUUGCCAGCUGAGCCGCCAUCGCUGCCUUUGGGGAGCACACCAAACUCCAGUGCCUUUGACGUUGUCACCCCUGUUGCCGUGUCUGCCUCAGAAUGAGGCAUGCUCAGGCAGUGGCAGCAGCGAGAGUCUGGACACUGAUGACCCCCACAUGCACACGCUUACGCAGCCCAUCGUGGUCACGGUCCCACGGCCACACCUCAGUGGGCCACCCCUCAGGCCACGCAAGGACAUCCCCAGCAGAGCCAUACGUCCAGAGCCUCCAGUGCCCACCCCAGUGGCCCUGGAGCCCGCACCACUGGUGGCGCUGGUAGUGGCCGCCAUGUUGCUGGGCACUGCGGUGGCCGCCGGGUUUGGCCUCGUAUGUGCACACUCAGCCUGCCUCUCUGGUCCAGCGCCCCCACCUCCUGGCCCACCCCCGAGAGCUUCGCCUAGCAACCCGUAACCCACCAGACCCCAGUGAGGCAGCACACCUGGAUGGCGCACUCCUAGGUUGAGAGCUGUACCAGGCAGACUUUCCUCAGACCAGACCUCGGACCCCACGGAAUCACAGGCCCAGACCCUGCC